GUGGCCAAGGCACGGGUGCUGGUACAGGGGGCCAAGCUGUGCCGGCCGGGUCCUUUGUGACGUGGCGUUCCAGGCCACCCGCCCGCACAGCAGCAGCAGUAGCCGGUGGUGUCGCACAGCACCGGGAGGAUGAAGGGCUACCAUCCUCCGGUGGUGAUCGACAACGGCUCAGGAAUGAUCAAGGCGGGCCUGGCUGGGACCCAGGAGCCCCAGUUCGUCUACCCGAACAUUCUGGGCCGGGCCAAGGGCCACAGCACCCGGGCCGAGGGCAUGCCAGAGCUCAGCGUUGGGGACCAGGCGCAGGAGAGGAGGAACUACUUGUCCAUCAGCUACCCUGUGGAACGCAGCCUCAUUACUUCCUGGGAAGACAUGGAGAUCAUGUGGAAGCAUAUCUAUGAACAUAACCUGAACCUGAAGCCCAGUGAUGGCCCAGUCUUGGUAACUGAACCAGCACUGAACCCACUGACUAACCGCCAGCGCAUGUCUGAAGUGUUUUUUGAAGAACUGGGUGUCCCAGCGUUUUAUAUAUCCAUCCAGGCUGUGCUGGCUCUCUUUGCUGCCGGCUUUACUACUGGGUUGGUGUUGAAUUCAGGGGCCGGUAUUACCCAGUGUGUGCCCAUCUUUGAGGGUUACUGUCUGCCUUAUGGUGUACAGCAGCUAAAUGUGGCAGGCUUUGACCUCACCAGCUACCUCAUGAUGUUGUUGAAGGAGAAUGGUGUCAUGCUACUCAGUACUUCGGACAGAAAGACCAUUGUAGACAUUAAGGAGAACAUCUGCUACGUGGCAGUGAACUAUGAGGAGGAAAUGGCCAAGAAACCCAAAAGCCUAGAGAAAGUUUACACACUGCCUGACGGGAAGACAAUCAAGCUCCAAGACCAGGUGUUCCGCUGCCCAGAGGCCCUCUUCUCCCCCAAUCUUCUGAACAUUAGUGAACCUGGUAUCGAUAAGAUGUGCUUCAACAGCAUAAUGAAGUGUGACACAGACCUCAGGAAUUCCUUCUUCUCCAAUAUUAUCCUCGCUGGAGGAUCAACCUCUUUCCUGGGUUUGGACAAGCGGCUGGUGAAGGAUGUAGCAAAGGUAGCACCUGCGAACACCCCUGUGCAGGUUACAGCUCCCCCAGAAAGGAAAAUAUCAGUGUGGAUGGGAGGAUCUAUUCUAGCAUCCCUGUCUGCCUUCCAAGACAUGUGGAUCACUGCUGCAGAAUUUGAAGAAGUGGGACCCAAUAUAGUACACCAGAGAUGUUUCUGAAAUACAGAUAAAAUUAUGAGAAAAAAUGUUUUGAGUCUGUGGAACAGAAUACUUUGGAUAUAAUGUCUUUGUGGGAGACUAGAAAACAUUUCUGUUAUUGGGAUGGCCACUUAUUUUGUUGUGUUUUGUUUUGUUAGUACUGGGAAUUGAACUUAGAGUCUCAC